AUGCCUAAGGUGGUGGCGGCGGUGUUGGCUCUGGCCCUCACCUGCUGCCUGUGCUCUGCCGCCAGCACGGGGAAGGCUCAGCAGCAGCAGCAGGAAGCAGCGGAGACACCUGCCGUGGCCGUCGACACGCCCCCUGCUGACGCGGCGCAGACCACCACAGCCGCUGCGGAGGGCAGCGACGCGGCGGCCGAGGCGGCGGACGGGAAGCGGGACAAGCGCUACUUCCCGUACGUGCCGCCCUGGUACACCGGGCCGCUGCCUGGCGUGCUGGACCUGGCCACCGCCUACCCCAGCUGGUCAGCGGGCUACUACGAGCAGCACGCAAGACACGGCUACAAUCCCUACUGGUCCUACCGCGGGCACGACUCCUACUACUGCGCCUACCCCGGCCACUACCCGCACGCCCGCGGCACCCCGCCGCGCGGUGACUUCCCCCAGCAGGCGGGCUCCUUCAGCGGACACCAACCCCACGCCACGGCGUUCCCGGGCGGGAUGCAGGGUCAGGAGCAGCCCGGCGGAACCAUGCCCUUGGUGUCACCUGGUGGCUCAGGUAGACCAGGGCUAGUAGGGUCAUUUCCUGGACCAGGGCCAUUUGGUGGACCAGUAAGUACUGGACCGGGUGGACAAGGGCCAUUUGGUGGACCAGUAAGUACUGGACCGGGUGGACAAGGGCCAUUUGGUGGACCAGUAAGUACUGGACCGGGUGGACCAGGAUCAUUUGGUGAACCAGGAAGUAAUGGACCGGGUGGACAAGGGCCAUUUGGUGGACCAGUAAGUACUGGACCGGGUGGACCAGGAUCAUUUGGUGGACCAGUAAGUAAUGGACCGGGUGGACAAGGGCCAUUUGGUGGACCAGGAAGUAAUGGACCGGGUGGACAAGGGCCAUUUGGUGGACCAGGAAGUAAUGGACCGGGUGGACCAGGAUCAUUUGGUGGACCAGGAGGUAAUGGACCGGGUGGACCAGGAUCAUUUGGUGGACCAGGAGGUAAUGGACCGGGUGGACCAGGAUCAUUUGGUGGACCAGGAGGUAAUGGACCGGGUGGACCAGGAUCAUUUGGUGGACCAGGAGGUAAUGGACCGGGUGGACCAGGAUCAUUUGGUGGACCAGGAGGUAAUGGACCGGGUGGACCAGGAUCAUUUGGUGGACCAGGAGGUAAUGGACCGGGUGGACCAGGAUCAUUUGGUGGACCAGGAGGUAAUGGACCGGGUGGACCAGGAUUAUUUGGUGGACCAGGAAGUAAUGGACCGGGUGGACCAGGAUCAUUUGGUGGACCAGGAAGUAAUGGACCGGGUGGACCAGGAUCAUUUGCAGGUCCAGGCAGCAGCCCCUUUGGCGGCCCAGGGGACGACAAACCCUUCGGUAGCCCAGGCGGUAGACCCUCAAUGGGGCCAGGUGGAGACAAGCCCUUCGGUGGUCCAGGCAGUAGCCCCUUCGGUGGUCCAGGAGACGACAAGCCCUUCGGUGGUCCAGGCAGUAGCCCCUUCGGUGGUCCUGGCAACGACAAGCCCUUCGGGGGUCCAGGCAGCAGCCCCUUCGGUGGUCCAGGAGACGACAAGCCCUUCGGUGGUCCAGGCAGUAGCCCCUUCGGUGGUCCAGGAGACGACAAACCCUUCGGUGGUCCUGGCAGCAGCCCCUUCGGUGGUCCAGGAGACGACAAGCCCUUCGGGGGUCCAGGCAGCAGCCCCUUCGGUGGUCCAGGAGACGACAAACCCUUCGGCGGUCCAGGCAGCAGCCCCUUCGGUGGUCCAGGAGACGACAAGCCCUUCGGCGGUCCAGGCAGCAGCCCCUUCGGUGGUCCAGGAGACGACAAGCCCUUCGGUGGUCCAGGAGACGACAAGCCCUUCGGCGGUCCAGGCAGCAGCCCCUUCGGUGGUCCAGAAGACGACAAGCCCUUCGGCAGCCCAGGCGGUAGGCCCUCAAUGGGGCCAGGUGGGGACAAGCCCUUCGGGAGUUCAGGGAGCAGCCCCUUCGAUGGUCCAGGAGACGACAAACCCUUCGGUGGUCCAGGCAGUAGCCCCUUCGGUGGUCCAGGAGACGACAAACCCUUCGGUGGUCCUGGCAGUAGCCCCUUCGGUGGUCCAGAAGACGACAAGCCCUUCGGCAGCCCAGGCGGUAGGCCCUCAAUGGGGCCAGGUGGGGACAAGCCCUUCGGGAGUUCAGGGAGCAGCCCCUUCGAUGGUCCAGGCAGCAAGCCCUCCGGCGGCCCAGGGGACGACAAGCCCUUCAGCAGCCCAGGCGGUAGGCCCUCAGUGGGGCCAGGUGGGGACAAGCCCUUCGGUGGUCCAGGCAGCAAGCCCUUCGGCGGCCUGAGCUCCAGCUUCAUCAAUGGUCCUGGGGGAAGCAAGCCCUCUGGAGGUUCCCCAAUCAAAGCCACCCCUUCCGGCAGCGACCCCAAGUUCCCCCCUUUCAGCCUCCUGGGGUCCGGGUCCCCCUUCUCAGGGGACAAGAAUGACUUGCGGGUGAGGGACACGCAGGCGGUGCUCUCCGAGGACAACGGCGCCGCCAAGCCCUGAACCACGCCGGCACUGAUGCAGAAUGGGCCCCUCUCUCUCUCUCUCUCUCUCUCAAACCUCUUCCCUGGCUUGCAUUGCAAUAAAAGGAAUAAAAAGUC